UUGGGUUUACUCACAUGUUCGUCGGCGAUUUUGAUAACCACAAGUACCCUAUAUAAUAUCUAUUGUACGUUACGGUGGUCAGUGUAGAUUUUAUUGUCAUAUACGAAGUAUAGCUAAUAAUACAUCUAUUGAGACGUUCCUGCCAUCCGAUCAUAAUAUUAUUGAAUUCAACAUGGGCACUUUAUCAAUCGUAGUCUUCUGUUUCCUUGCAAUCGCCAGUACAUUCGACACCACAUAUGCAACAUUUGGCGGCAAAGAACAUGUACAUAUUCGUGUGCAUGUGCCAACAAUCGUGAAAGAAGUUUAUGUGAAAAAACCAGUUCACCAUUACGAACACCACGAUGAUCAUUAUUCUGGCCACAGUGGUCAUGGUAGUUCAUCUGGUGGUUAUGGAGGAUCUUCUAGUAGUUAUAGCAGUGGUGGAGAUGAUUCGUAUAGCAGUCACGGAUCUUCUGGUAUUUAUGAUUCUGGUUCAAGUGGACAUGGCGGAAGUAGCUAUGACGACAGUUCGUCCGAUGAAUAUAUUUCCGGUGACCAUGGAUCUUCUGGUGGUUACAGCGGUUCGUCAGGAGGAUUUGGUGGAUCUUCCGGUGGUUACGGCGGUUCAUCAGGAGGAUAUGGUGGAUCUUCUGGUGGUCAUGGAGGUUCAUCAGGAGGCUACAGUGGAUCUUCCGGUGGAUAUAGUGGAUCUUCCGGCGGUCAUGGUGGUUCAUCAGGAGGGUUCGGUAUAUCUUCUGGCGGAUAUGGUGGUUCAUCAGGAGGAUAUGGUGGAUCUUCCGGUGGUCAUGGAGGUUCAUCAGGAGGCUACAGUGGUUCCUUAGGAAGCUAUGGAAGUUCUGCUGGAGGUUAUGGUGGAUCUUCAAGUGGAAUCUUAUUUAGUGGGUAUUCUGCUAGUAAUCACAAAGGAUCAUCUGGUGGAUACGGAGGAAGCUCAUUCGGUGGACAUGGAGGAAGUUCAUCCGGUGGAUAUGGAGGAAGUUCUUUAGGAGGACACGGAGGAAGUUCAUCCGGCGGAUACGGAGGUAGUUCAUUCGGAGGACACGGAGGAAGUUCAUCCGGCGGAUACGGAGGUAGCUCAUCCGGCGGAUACGGAGGUAGCUCAUCCGGCGGAUACGGAGGCAGUUCAUUAGGUGGACACGGAGGAAGUUCAUCCGGUGGAUACGGAGGAAGUUCAUCUGGUGGAUACGGAGGCAGUUCUUUCGGAGGACACGGAGGAAGUUCAUCCGGCGGAUACGGAGGUAGUUCAUUCGGAGGACUCGGAGGAAGCUCAUCUGGUGGAUAUGGAGGUAGUUCAUUCGGAGGACACGGUGGAAGCUCAUCUGGUGGAUACGGAGGUAGUUCAUUUGGAGGACACGGUGGAAGCUCGUCCGGUGGAUACGGCGGAAGCUCAUCUGGUGGAUACGGAGGUAGUUCAUUCGGAGGACACGGUGGAAGCUCGUCCGGUGGAUACGGUGGAAGUUCAUCUGGCGGAUAUGGAGGUAGCUCCUUCGGAGGACACGGUGGAAGUUCUUCUGGAGGAUAUGGAGGAAGUUCGGGAGGUUUCGGAGGCUACUCUGGUAGUGACCAUGGUUCCAGCUCUGGUGGUCAUGGCGGAGACACUUACUCAGCCCCAGGACAGGAUAGUUAUGGACCACCAGGAGAAAGCUUCCCUUACACUAAAAAAUAAGCUACUGUGAAAUUUCAAAACGAAUACUUUAUUUUUUAACAUAAAUUUAAUUUUAAUUUUUAUUAUAUUGUUACAUACGUUAUUGCUAUUGAUUUAUAUCCAAUAUGGAAACAAUUGUUAAAUGUUUCCAUUUUCUAAGACUGACUUAUCUGUUUUUAAUAGUAAAUAUAAAAAUAAACACAUUUUAUUAGAA